UUCUAUUCCCAGGUUCGUGUUCAGGACGAGAAAUUCUGCAGGAGUGCUAUUGCAAAAUAUGAAAAAUAUAUUUCUUAAUUAAGCAGUGUUGUUUAUAUUUGUUAAAUAGUUGAUUUUAUAUGUAUUUUUCAUAUUUAUUUCUUGAAAAGAUAUAAUUGUACACGUAUUUAGCAACAGUGGGAGGAAAACGUCAAAUUUAUCGCAAAUGCGUAAUACAUAGUGCUAUGAUUGACCUUGAAAUUUCCCAGGGUCAUGUGAGGUCAUUUAAAGAAAUAUAGUAUAUUAAGCGUCAUUUGUAUCAUCAAUAAUAAGUAACAAUUCUCUUCGAAUCGUCAUUAAUAAGUAAUUGAUAAUUAUUAUUUGAAAACUUAUACAAUACUGUACAUGUAAAAUGAAGUGGAUAAUUUUUGGCACCACACUGAUAAUAUGGAUUUAUAUUAUAAUGUGUCAAGAUAUUGUAUUCCCAGAUGAUGAAGAGACAUCUCAUAUUAGUGGCAACAAUGCAGUGAUAACAGAGCGUAUUCCAGUAUCUAUACCGGGUCAAUGCCCCCAAAAUAUGCUUCUUUAUCCUGGUGAUGGAAACAAAAGCACAUGGAUAUGCGAUUGUAGGCCUAGAUUUUUGUAUUUCCCUUUAAACGAUACUUGCCAUGAAGCUUAUAUGCAAGGACCUUGUGCACCACAGGAUUAUGUGGUGCUUCCUAAAAAUGAAGCUGUUCCAAAAUGUAUCAAGAACCCCUGUAAUGUAAAUGGCUUAGUACCAUACAAUGGUACAUGCUAUUCUCUAAGAACUAUAGGUGGUCCUUGUGCUCCAAAUGGAGUGUUAGGAGUAAACGAAACUACUUUUGAAUUGGAGUGCAUACCAAUAGAUAUUGCACCUUUUAUAAUAAUUCAACCGCCUAAAAGGCAAUGUCCUCUAGGAAGUCGCAGAAACAGUCUUGGAAUAUGUAGAGAAGUAAUUUAAACCACUGAUAUUGCCCACUGUAAUUACCACUGUAAUUUAACCGUAAUAUUUUUUACACAAACGAUACGUUGUUUAUUCAUUUGAAACGUUUAAUAUCAUAAAUAAAUGGUGUA